AGAUCAGAUCUCAGUGUGUUUAGACCGUGACACAGUUCAGACCAGCAGAGUUCACAUCAGAGAUCUCCAUCAGACCAUCAUGAGAUCUUUCACCGUCUUUCUGUGUCUGGUUCUGUCGCUGCUCUCGGUCCUCCUGGUCCGGGUCUCUGCGGGUCCGGGCUGCGGACCAUGUGACCCGGCUCAGUGCGUUCCUCUCCCCGGGGAGGGCUGCCCUGCCGGCUCUCUGCUGGACUUCUGCGGCUGCUGCCGGGUGUGCGCCGCUGCCGAGGGAGAGCUGUGCGGCGGGCGCCGCGCGGCAGCGCGCCGCUGCGGCUCCGGACUGGAGUGCGUCAAAAGCGACGAAGACAAGAAGAACAAGCUGGGAGUCUGCGCCUGCAAGAGCAACCACGAGGUCUGCGGAACCGACGGAGUGACAUACAGGAGCGGCUGCGCACUGAAGAGCGCCAGCCUGACAGCCGAGACACAGGGCAAAGAACCCAUUAACAUCCAAAACAAGGGCCGCUGCGCCACAGCUCCGGUCAUUGUCACUCCUCCAGGAGAGGUCUAUAACGUGAGCGGCUCUCAGGUGUACCUGAGCUGUGAGGCGGUGGGCGUGCCCACACCUGUCCUCACCUGGAAGAGGGUCCUCAGUGGGAAGAAGAGGAUGGAGCUUCUUCCUGGAGACAGAGACAACCUGGCGAUUCAGACGAGAGGAGGACCAGAGAAACAUGAAGUGACCGGCUGGGUGCUGAUCUCCCCUCUGACAAAAGAAGAAGAAGGAUCGUACGAGUGUCACGCCACCAACUCUAAAGGAGAAGCUUCAGCUGUCGGAGCGAUUCACCUGGUCGAGUCCAUCGAUGACAUCAUCGUCAAGAAAGUGACGAAGGAAGAUGAGCUGUGAUCAGCUGAUCAGAGAUCAAUGAAGACGAUCGUCACAGGAAACAGCUGAAAAUGAUUUUUUCAGUGAAAUUAUCUGAUUUUUCUUGAUGUUUCUGUUACAAAGGCAAACAUUUGAGAUCAAAUCGAUAGAUUUAAAUCCUCUUAAUCUUUACAUUCUGGAUUCAGAGUUUUAGUUAAACUUUUCUUAUUUUAACGUUUUACAUUUUUUAAAAUCAUUUAUUAUGUUUUUCUCUUCUGAGCAGAUGAACUGAAAUCAGUCAGAUUUGUAUUUUGUUAAGAAUCUGAUCGCAGCCACUGCAACAGUUCCUCAGUUCAGGUCUGAAUAUUAACUUUGAUGUUAAAGUUUAAUAUUUCUUUAACAUUAAACUCUGUUAAACUAUUUUCUUUCUCUGAGCUUCAGUUUGUUUGUUGGUGGAAACUAAAAAUAUUUUCUUCUGUAUUUUCUCUGAAUAAAAUAAAAUAUCUUUAACUUAA